AUGUCGGGCGCCGAGGCUAGUAUAGUCUUGGGAGUGAUUUCAUCAAUCAUUACCAUUGUCGAUAAGACUAAGCAAGUCUAUGAGGCCGCAAACAAUGUGCAAGGCCUACCUGAAGCUUUUCGCGAGGUUGCAGGUCGGCUUCCAAUCGUAAACAAUAUCUUGGACUCAGCAAAGCAGCAUAUUGAGAAUGGAGAUGUUAAUGAAGAUUCGUGUAAGGGUGUAAAGGACGUUGUUGUGGCUUGUGAGGAGAAGGCCAAGAAGCUGGAUAGACUUUUCCACAAGACUAUCCCUGAAAAUGAUUCGCCCCUCCUUGAGCGAUACUAUAUGGCAGUCAAGGCGCUUGGGAAAGGAAAUACGGUUGAGAAUUUGAUGAAGGGGAUACUGGAAAAUGUGCACCUCUUGGCUUGCGAGCGUGGCAUGAAGACGGCAACCAAGGCUCAGCUGGAGCAGGUUUCCCUGGCUAUUAAAGAAGUGUCGGCGGGAGAACCUUCAGUGCCGGAACACCUAUUUGAAGAGACCGACCGUUUCACGGCAAUCAAUUUUGGCUCCGGCACCCAAAACAAUGCCCAGGGGGAAUACAUUGCUCAGGGCGACGCGAAACAAUACAACAUUGGUAGUGGCACUAUGAACUUCGGAUCGAAUAAUACUGUUCAAAAUAUCUCUAUUUCACAUGAGCGCCAAUCACGCCCGGAAGAGGACGAAUGCUUACAGGCUCUCUUUCUAACAAAUCCACUUGACGACCGGCAGAAGCUCAUAAACGCAAAGGGGUCAAGAGUUGACGGGACAUGCGAAUGGAUCAAGACGAACAAAGCAUAUACUUCAUGGCUUAAUUCUCAUUCGCAGCUAUUAUGGAUAUCCGGCCUUCCUGGCAAGGGAAAAACAAUGCUCGCUAUUUUCCUUGCUAAAGAGCUCGAGCGAACCGCCAACACGAUGCUGCUGCAAUACUUCUGCGAUAACAAUGACGAAAAGCGUAAUACAGCUGUCGCUAUUAUUAGAGGACUGAUUUUCCAGCUUCUACAACUCCAGCCGAAAUUGUUUGAUUACAUCCUACCAAGCUUCAAAAUUCAGCAGGCAUCUCUCUUUACUAGCACGUCAUUUGAAACGCUCUGGAGAAUUUUCGAGGCUAUGGUUCGUGACCCGGUCAUUGGUACCAUGUACUGCGUUCUGGAUGGCCUCGACGAAUGCGACGAAGAUUCGUUAGAAGUCCUUUUAAAUAAACUUAAGGGUCUAUUAUCGACAGAGUCCAGCGAAUCUUCAGCCUGCCAUCUCAACUUGAUCAUCGUCAGCCGUGAUAUUCCAGAUUUUAUACCUGAGAUACUAUCAAGCUUUCCUCGCAUUCAAUUAGAUACUGAGGUCAACGGCGAUAUCCGCUUAUUUAUUGAGGCCAAGGUCGAUGAGCUCUCUGCACACAGACAAUACCCGGAGCCACUACGUGUACACGUGAAAAAGGUAUUCCAGAAACGCGCGCAAGGCACAUUUCUCUGGGUAGGGAUUGUAGCCCGCCAGUUGCGGAAAUAUAGAGCGACUGAAGUCGAAAAUACGUUGGAGCUUUUCCCAUCAGGGCUAGAAGAAUUGUACGGUCGUAUGCUACUUCAGAUUGAUGAAAAUCGACGAGAAAUUGUCGCUAGGAUAUUACGCUGGGUUGUCAUGGCUGUUCGCCCCCUGACGCUGUCAGAGCUGAGUGUUGCGCUUGACGUUACGCCAACUGCUACGUUCACUCGCGAGGAAGUGAUGAGAGACCAAGUGUUGCACUGCCAACCCUUCCUAACGGUCAAAGAAGAGAAUAACGAAGAAUAUGGAGAAUAUGAAGAAUAUAACGAAGAAUAUGACGAAGAAUAUGAAGAACAUUACGACGAAUAUAAAGAAGGUGGCGACAAAGUCGGCUUUAUCCAUCAAUCCGCUAAGGACUACCUUUUGCGACAAACUCCUGAUCUAAAUCUCAAGCUAGAGUUUUUCCGUGUCAGAGAAGAGGUUGGGAACCUUGAUAUUGCAAGAAAAUGUUUCGCCUACCUACAAGAUGGUGCCUUUACAAACGGGAAAGUCAAUCUUUGGCGGGAUACUGCUCAUUUGAAAGCCUUCCCAUUGCUUUCGUAUGCUGCAUUUCACUGGUUUGAGCAUGCACAAUCCCUAGCUCGCUUAGAAGACAUUUUCGAUUUGUCACUCCCAUUCUACCAAAAUGAAUCUCGAAUCCGUCAAUCUUGGCUAGAGACAUAUUGUUCAUUGGAUGCGUUUAUGAGCCUCCCCGAUUUGUUUCCGCUAUUGCAUUUGGCUUCGUAUUUCGGUAUAGUUCCGCUUGCUCAAAAUAUUCUUCGUGGGGGAUAUUGGAGAAAUAGCGCAAGUCGGCAAUCUUAUGUAAAUCAAAAAAACUUGAAAGGGAACUCGGCACUAUUCGUAGCGGCUUUACGCGGGCAUGAAGUCAUCGUACAGUUGCUUCUAGAGAACGGGGCGGAUAUCGAGGCUGGUGCAGGGAACGUUCUACAAAUAGCUGCAUUGGAAGGGCACCAGGCUGUGGUACAGUUACUUCUCCAGAAGGGGGUGGACGUCAAUGCUUUGUGUAACCAUGGCGAGACGGCGCUACAUAGAGUGGCUUGGAGCGGGGAUACAGCUAUAUUACUUCUCGAGAAGGGGGCGGACGUCAACGCUUCAUAUAACUAUAGCGAGACGGCGCUAUAUAGAGCGGCUUUCUCUGGGCACACAGCAAUAGUACAGUUGCUUCUCGAGAAGGGGGCGGAUGUCAACGCUUUGUGUAAAGAUGGGAAGACGGCGCUACAUGGAGCGGCUUGGAGCGGGCACACAGCCAUAGUACAGUUGCUUCUAGAGAACGGGGCGGAUAUUAAGAGUCUCGACAAUAAUCCUGAACUGCGCGACUAUUGUAUAUCUUUAGCCAAGUCCUAA